UGGCCUCGACCUGCGCACGGCCGCUCUCCCGCCUCAUCCCACGGGCGCGCCUCCGCAUCCCGCACGUGCACGCAUUUAAACAAACAGGCUUUCGGGAUGUCUCAGCACUCCACACUUUCUCGACCUGACUCAAGAGUCUCGGCCUCGUGCGUUCACAUUGCGCAAGCUCUCCGUGCACUAUGAAAAACCGCGCUUCUCAGGUUUCCCGGAUUGGAAACCCACAGGAAAUCGGCUGGCGGGGUCUGGGAGUACCCGGAAACUGUCCGCUAGGGGGCGCACGUGCCCAACUCUGCAACUUCCUGUCCACCGCAAGGUGGGUCCGGGAGUAGGCGGAACCUUUCCGUCGCGCCUCCGUCCAAAUGCGCGGCGGGGACAGGUUAGGCUGCCGCACACCGCUCUGCAGGCGCGCUGCUAUUCGUCUGGACCUUGAGGGAAGGCGCGGGGGUUCAGUGUGCUCCUUCAUUGGUCGUGGGCGCCAUGGACGUGCUAGCAGAGGAGUUCGGGACCCUGACUCCGGAGCAGCUGGCUGCGCCGAUCUCGAAUGUAGAGGAAAAAUGGAGGCUGCUGCCAGCAUUUUUAAAGGUGAAAGGCCUGGUGAAGCAGCACAUAGACUCGUUUAACUAUUUCAUCAACGUGGAGAUCAAGAAGAUCAUGAAAGCCAACGAGAAGGUUGCGAGUGAUGCCGACCCGAUGUGGUAUCUGAAAUACCUUAACAUCUAUGUUGGGCUUCCUGAUGUUGAGGAAAGCUUCAAUGUGACCAGGCCAGUGUCCCCGCACGAGUGCCGCCUGAGGGAUAUGACGUACUCUGCGCCCAUCACGGUGGAUAUCGAGUACACCCGAGGCAGCCAGAGGAUCAUCCGAAAUGCUUUGCCCAUCGGCAGAAUGCCCAUAAUGCUCCGAAGUUCCAACUGUGUUCUCACUGGGAAGACUCCAGCAGAAUUUGCCAAGCUGAAUGAGUGUCCCUUAGACCCAGGUGGCUACUUCAUUGUCAAAGGAGUUGAGAAAGUUAUUCUCAUCCAGGAGCAGCUGUCUAAGAACAGGAUUAUUGUGGAAGCAGACAGAAAAGGAGCUGUCGGAGCUUCAGUGACCAGCUCUACCCAUGAGAAAAAGAGCAGAACCAACAUGGCUGUGAAACAAGGACGAUUCUACUUGAGACACAACACCCUGUCUGAAGACAUACCCAUUGUCAUCAUAUUUAAGGCCAUGGGUGUCGAGAGUGACCAGGAAAUUGUGCAGAUGAUUGGGACCGAGGAGCGGGUAAUGGCUGCGUUUGGGCCCAGCCUAGAGGAGUGCCAGAAGGCGCAGAUCUUCACACAGAUGCAGGCAUUAAAAUACAUAGGAAAUAAAGUAAGAAGGCAAAGGAUGUGGGGCGGUGGACCAAAGAAAACCAAGAUAGAAGAAGCAAGGGAGCUCCUGGCCUCCACCAUUCUGACCCACGUGCCCGUCAAGGAAUUCAAUUUCCGAGCCAAGUGCAUCUACACCGCAGUGAUGGUUCGGAGAGUCAUUCUGGCGCAGGGAGACAACAAAGUCGACGACAGAGACUACUAUGGAAACAAGCGGCUGGAGUUAGCAGGACAGCUCCUAUCUCUUCUUUUUGAAGAUUUGUUCAAAAAAUUUAAUUCUGAAAUGAAGAAGAUCGCAGACCAGGUGAUUCCCAAGCAAAGAGCCGCCCAGUUUGAUGUUGUGAAACACAUGCGACAAGACCAGAUCACCAGUGGCAUGGUGAACGCCAUCUCCACUGGAAAUUGGUCUCUGAAAAGAUUUAAAAUGGACCGCCAGGGUGUGACCCAAGUGCUGUCUCGCCUGUCCUAUAUAUCUGCCCUGGGCAUGAUGACAAGAAUCUCUUCUCAGUUUGAAAAAACCAGGAAAGUGAGUGGUCCUCGCUCCCUACAACCAUCACAGUGGGGAAUGCUCUGUCCUUCGGACACUCCUGAAGGAGAGGCCUGCGGUUUAGUUAAAAACUUGGCACUGAUGACACACAUCACAACCGACAUGGAAGAUGGACCCAUUGUUAAGUUAGCCAGCAACCUGGGAGUGGAGGAUGUGAAUUUCCUGUGUGGGGAAGAGCUCUCCUACCCAAACGUGUUUCUCGUCUUUCUCAAUGGCAACAUCCUUGGGGUCAUUCGAGACCAUAAGAAGCUGGUGCACACGUUCCGAUUGAUGCGAAGAGCUGGGUACAUCAACGAGUUUGUCUCCAUCUCUACAAAUCUCACAGACCGAUGUGUUUAUAUUUCUUCUGAUGGAGGAAGGCUGUGCAGGCCUUACAUAAUCGUCAAAAAACAGAAGCCAGCAGUCACAAAUAAGCACAUGGAAGAGCUGGCCCAGGGGUACAGGAAUUUUGAGGAUUUCUUACAUGAGAGUCUGGUGGAGUAUUUAGAUGUGAAUGAAGAAAAUGACUGCAGCAUCGCACUCUACGAACACACAAUCAACAAAGACACCACGCACCUGGAGAUCGAGCCCUUCACGCUGCUCGGCGUCUGCGCGGGCCUCAUCCCGUACCCGCAUCACAACCAGUCCCCGAGGAACACCUACCAGUGCGCCAUGGGCAAGCAGGCCAUGGGUACCAUUGGAUACAACCAGCGAAACAGAAUCGAUACUCUCAUGUAUCUACUAGCAUAUCCACAAAAACCCAUGGUUAAAACAAAAACCAUUGAGCUGAUAGACUUCGAGAAGCUGCCGGCGGGGCAGAAUGCGACAGUUGCUGUGAUGAGCUACAGUGGCUACGAUAUUGAGGAUGCUCUCGUUUUAAACAAGGCUUCCUUGGACAGAGGCUUUGGGCGGUGCCUUGUAUACAAAAAUGCUAAGUGUACACUGAAGCGGUACACUAACCAGACUUUUGACAAAGUGAUGGGGCCCAUGUUGGACGCCGCCACCAGGAAGCCCAUCUGGAGACAUGAGAUUUUAGAUGCAGAUGGUAUUUGUUCUCCAGGCGAGAAAGUGGAAAACAAACAGGUGCUUGUGAACAAGUCCAUGCCCACCGUGACGCAGAUCCCACUGGAAGGGAGCAGUGUGGGCCAGCAGCCGCAGUACAAAGAUGUCCCCAUAACUUACAAAGGGGCCACCGACUCGUACAUUGAGAAAGUGAUGAUCUCCUCCAAUGCCGAGGACGCGUUUCUCAUCAAGAUGCUGCUGCGACAGACAAGGCGCCCAGAGAUCGGGGACAAAUUCAGCAGUCGUCAUGGGCAGAAAGGUGUUUGUGGCUUGAUCGUCCCCCAGGAAGACAUGCCAUUUUGUGAUUCUGGCAUCUGUCCGGACAUCAUAAUGAACCCGCACGGCUUCCCGUCGAGAAUGACGGUUGGCAAGCUCAUUGAGUUGCUGGCCGGCAAGGCAGGUGUGCUGGACGGCAGGUUCCAUUACGGCACCGCAUUCGGAGGGAGCAAGGUGAAGGACGUGUGUGAGGACCUCGUCCGCCAUGGUUACAACUACCUGGGGAAGGACUAUGUCACCUCCGGCAUCACAGGGGAGCCGCUGGAAGCAUACAUCUAUUUUGGGCCUGUGUACUACCAAAAGCUGAAGCACAUGGUGCUGGACAAGAUGCAUGCCCGGGCCCGCGGACCUCGCGCCGUGCUCACCAGGCAGCCCACCGAGGGGCGGUCCCGAGAUGGCGGCUUGCGUCUUGGAGAAAUGGAGCGGGACUGCUUGAUCGGCUAUGGAGCCAGCAUGCUGCUGCUGGAGAGGCUGAUGAUCUCCAGCGAUGCCUUCGAGGUGGAUGUCUGUGGCCAGUGUGGGCUGCUCGGCUACUCCGGCUGGUGCCACUACUGCAAGUCGUCAUGCCACGUGUCCUCCCUGCGCAUCCCCUACGCCUGCAAGCUGCUCUUCCAGGAGCUGCAGUCCAUGAACAUCAUCCCCCGGCUGAAGCUGUCCAAGUACAACGAGUAAGGCCCCUGGGAGCCCACCCAGAGAGCAGAGGGCGCAGGGUGCUCGCUGCUCCUGGGGACGCCUUCUCUGAUUAGCUUCUGUCAAAGACGAAAUGAACUGAGCUGCUACAGCAGCUGCUUGUAUCUGAGACAACUGAGCAGGCAGCACUCGUCAGGAGCCUUGAGCCGCGGCAGAAGUGCCGCCUGAGUCCCACGGGGGCACGUGGCCGUGCGGCGUCUUCCCGUCAGCCUGCCCCCCUUCUCUUGACUCUUGGAGGAGGACUAGGUGCUGUGACUGUGGUCGAGGCCACCGUGCUGAGCUGCAUCUGGGGCGGAGGGGCACAUCUGCCCAAGAGCGCAGGUCGUCCGACCCCCAGUCUUUGUGGUACUAACCUUGGAAUACAAUCAAUGUAGUCUUGGGGCCGGGGAGAUGGCUCAGUGGAAUAAGCGCUUCCCUGGCAAGCGCAAGGGCCUGAGUUCAAUCCCUGGUUCCGCCAAAAAUAAAAUAAAAUAGAAUAAAAUAAAUAAAUGUAGUCCUGCCUUGUUAAGCCAGGACUCAGUUAAGCAGGAGUUUGUGGGCUCAGUUGCUACUGUUUGGAGCUUCCCUGGUCAUAUGAAAUAUUAAAUAUUUGAAUAUAACUUAUCA